AUGGCGGCGGUAUCAGGAGAUACUCCGUUGUUGGCAACUGCUAUCGGAGCUACUCACCAAAUGGAGAUUGACGACGAAGCGACUAAUAAGCAGCCAAGUCCGAGUAGUAGUGCUGGAGGUGCUACGUGCACCCCAUCCCAUUCUCCACUCUGGGAAACCCCCCGCCACUCUUCUGAAGGACGCGGAACCGCGCUUUCGCGCCCCCAGCCUCUAUACCAGCCAACGACUCCAACCAAAGCGUCACUCGGUUCUCUCCAACGUUGCUCCGUCACAACCCAACAAUCGCCCACUGCGAAAACGCGACUUUGCGGCCUUGCCGCGUCGAUCCAUAGAGAUCAAAGACGGAAGCCGCAGUCGACCAUGGCUGAGGCCCUGCUGGGCCUCGCGCCCUCAUACGGAAGCGCGUCGAGGAAUAAGCCGUCAAUUGCGCAUCCCGAUGACAUCCCCGCCCAACUCCGUCGCGAACUCGACCGAAAGAAGACACCCACACGAUGCGAACAUCUUUCCGUCACACUCGAAGUGCCCUCUACCCUCGAAUUCGCCAUUCGCGAUGGCGACAGCGAUGUGCAGGAAAAUAUCGACUCAGCGCUGAGCGGCCUCCGAACUCAGGUCGUCGAAGGUCAAACCGUCAAGAUUAUACGCGCCUACGACACCAUCAUCAGCCAGCCCCACGACAACCCCGUGAUGCAGAGAGCCGUGGCGAAGCAUAUUGUUGGGCUUCUUUCUGUGGUGGAUGAGAGCACAUGGGUCGUCAGAGAGGUUUCGCGCGGCCAGUACGGGUGGUCCUUCACCUACAACUGCAAAGACUCUCUUGUGACUUGGAACCGGCAACAUCAGAAGACGCCAAAUAAGACUAUCAUAGGAGAGUAUAGUCAGAAGGAGCUUGAGCCGGAAAUGCAGGCCCGACCAGCUUUCGACUGUCGCGGGACGCUUACCGUUGCGUUUUCAAAGAAUACCCGAACCAUCAACGUCAAGUACGAACACACGCCUCUGCAUAAGACUUUGGGCGAGAUGAUCGAGCACUUCAAACCCCUUCCUCCGGCAGCACCUCCAGCACCUCUCAUUCCCGCGGGGGAAAAGUCCAAGAAGGCGAAAACGCCGCGAAAGCGAAAGAGUGAGGCAUUGAAUCCGGACGGGACGCCUGUUGAGCCAAAGCCAAAGAGAAAGAGGAAGAGCGAGGCGUUGAAUCCAGAUGGGACGCCUGUUCAGCCGAAGAAGAGGAAGAGGAAAUCUGAAGCCGCAAAGGACGCACAAGCAGCUGGAGACACUACCAACGGCGAGGCAACAACCACUGUUCCGACCAAGGCGGAUGCCGCUGUUCAAAGUGGAGUGCAUUCACAUGCGGUGCUGAAUGUGCCCCCCGGCGAAGCGGCUAGGCGCCGCGAGGUCGCCAUCAGACUCCUCAGCGACAGCGGCUUAGAUCCCGAGAGUCUUUCUACGGAACAGUUCAGUAUCUUUGCCAACCAAUCUCCGGAUCUUCAGAAAGAGUCACUUGCCAUGCUGGUCAAGUAUGGUGCUGAGCGACUCCGCAUCGUUCAUCCCAACGAUGCCGCUGCGUCCUCGACCAGCGCGUCACCCACGCCUCAGCAGGAAACAGCACAACAGGCCGCUGUCACGACUGCCACAUUGGAAUCUCCAGCCUCAGGCAAGAAGAAGAAGCGGCCUCGAAAGUCGAAGGCCGCUGAAGACGCGGUAGAAGUGGAGUUGAUUCCGGCACCCCCAGGCACGCCGAUGAAGCUGAUUUCGAGGGGUGGAUGCAUUGCUUGCAGAAGAGCAAAGGCCAAGUGCGAUCGCGCCAAGCCUGAGUGCGCUUCUUGUGAAGAGCAGGGUGUGGAAUGCCAAUAUCCCCUGAUUAAUAAAAUGCCACCAAAGAAAAAGGAAGAAAAGUCUGCAGAUGUAGUGGAGGACGAGGAGGACGAUGACGACGCCGAGGCCGAGGUUGAAGCCGAGACCGAACCGGCGGAGCCUGAGAUCGAAGUUGAAGAACAAGAACCGGACGACAUUGAGACGAUCGACUACACUUCAAACAUGCCAGUUGCCAACAUGCUCACUCCUGCUGCGCAGGCUCCCAGUCAGGACUACUUCAAUGAUGGGCCAAACGAAAUGACCUAUACUCAUUCCGCUUCCAACGAUAUGAACAUGUCACACGGUGUCUCAUCAUACCCCGAGCCUUCUGCCACCGCAACUUACGCAGAGCAGCAGGCAGUCUCCACGAGCUUUUCGCAACCGUCUCUGACCGGCACGGCAACGUACACUCAACCGAGUACAGAUGCGAACAGUUAUACAACCGCCAGCAAUGACACAAUGUCGAGUCUCAAUUACUCCCAACCCUCGGCUAAGAGCCCGAGAGCGACGAGGACCUCUUCACGGCGCAGUUUGCCAUCCGGACCAGGACAGCCGCAUCAGCCCACGGCCGAAAGCCCUGUUCCUCUUCCCAGUUACGCACAAAACUGGCAAAGCAUUUCUCCUCCCCGGACAGCGAACACAGUUUCGCCUACCAUGACGACUAAGCAACACAGGCCGCGAAGUUCGACCCAGAUGCCGGCUGCGACCACGGUCGCUCCCCAGGAAACAUCCUAUCGCAACACGCAACAGGCUGUGGCUCAUGUCACUGCACAGCAACAACGGCAACACCGUCCUUCCCCGACUCAGCAAGCAGCUCAAGUAGUGCAAACAGUCACCCCGGCCCAGGUCUCGCCAUUCCAGGCCCCUGUACAAGCAGCCCGAACUAAGAGUCGAGCUGGACAGAGAGCCUCCACUCGUACUCCCGUCAAUGAACCCCGUGCAACACCGUCCCAUCAUACCGUCCAACCAUCGACUUCAGCGACGAUGGACUCAGCAACUUACAAUGAUACCCAAUCCAUGAGCAACGUGUCCGACUACAACAACUACCAUACGAAGUACUCAAGCCAGAGCAAUAACUCGACAGAGUUGGACACCACAAGACUCGCCUACCAGCCUUACGCGGCGCAGAAUACCUCUGCAACAACAACCACCUACCCUUCGUAUGACCAUGACAGAACCAACACCACUGCCUCGCACACAUCCAGCGGCAACGCGCGGUCCGGACAGUUGUACAACAGCCAGUCACAAUCGCGCAACACGCAAUCAUACAAUAAUACCAACACCACGGCCGCGGCAAACACUUACGCUCAACAGCCAUCGACGAACCAGCAGCAGUCGUUCAACAUGCGAAGUUCAGCAGCGAGCAGCACUCAGCCAAGAUCGUCCUCUCGGAACGCAAAUCAGCAGCCUCAACAGCAGCAGUCACAGUCGCAGCCGCAGCAGACACAAUCGUAUGGAUCUUACGCAAACCAGACGCAACAGCAAUCAACUCAGCCGGACCAACACAACUGGUAUGGGUUUGGCUCGGGAUCUAACACUUCUUUCACGCCAGCCAAUGUCGCUGGAGGCUAUGCCACGAGAGGUGCCACUUCCGCCAACUACGGCAGCGGGUCCAGCACCUCCAACCAAGCAUACCAGCAGCAACAUGGCUCUCUUAACAUGACGGGCCACAGUUACUCUCCCGGAGACAAUGAGAUGUACGAGUUGUUGAAGAACUCUCUUCACGGCCCAGGUCGCUAA